AAUACAUGGUUCUGGAGCCAGGCAGUAUGAGCUCACCCAUACACGCACAUAUUACAACAUACAUCUAUAUAUAUAUAUAUAUAUAAUAAGAUAUGUAUGUGUGGUUCUAUAAAAAGGAUCAUCAAGCUUGAAGAGGAGAGUAGGCAAGAGACUACUACCAAGAAACACAAACACACAGGCAGGCAAUCAAUGAACAGAGAGCAUGAGAUGUGUCUUCCAUGACUUGCUUCACUUGCUAGCACUAAGCCAUAACACAAAUGGCAGAUUCCCAAUCAUCCUUCCCCCUCCAAAGGAAACAGCCAUCAUUGCUCCCAAGCCAUCCUUUUCAUACAUAGGAAACUGAGCUUUUAAGCCACCUUCCUCACACCCUCCCAUCCCUUAAAUCCUCCUCCUCAUCCUACUCCUUCUCACCAUCUCCUUCUCAUUCCAACUCACAACUCACACAACACAUAUAGACAUAUAUAGACACAUACACAAACCAUGAAGCCAUCUUCAACCAACUCAGUUAACGGUUUCUACGCGUUCAUGGCGCAUGGUCUUGAUGAUCUUGAGCGAAGUUUCUCAGCUAACCCAUUCAUGUCCUUGCAGUUCUUGCAGAGGGCUGUUGCUUUACUGCGCUCGUUUCACUCACACUUGACUCAUCUUGUUCAGAAACUCCACUUGCCUGUCGGUGAUAAAUGGUUGGAUGAAUACAUGGAUGAGAGUUCUCGGUUGUGGGAAGCUUGUCAUGUUAUCAAGCUCGGUAUUUCCAACCUUGAAACCUACUGCUCCAACGCUGCCGACGUUGCUUCUUCUCUCAACGAUCGCAUCCCUGAUCACCAACUCUCCCGCCAGGUAAUGCGGGUGAUAUCGGUAUGUAGAAGAGAAGCGGUGGGAUUGGAAGAGGAGAACAGGGCGUUGGUGGAGACAAGAGUGGAGCCGUUGGCGUUGAGGUUUGAUGAAAGAGUGGCGAUGGAAUCAAAGUUGAAUGGGUUUAAUGGGUUCAGAGGAGUGCUUUAUGCGAUGAGGAACGUGAGUUCGUUUUUGUUGACGGUGUUGUUGUGGGGUUUGGUGAGUUGGUGGCCGGAUAUGAGUGUGCAGGGAGUGAAUGGUGGUGGUGAGAUUGGGUCAAGGUUUUAUAAUACUGGGUUUAUGGUGACAAUGGGAAGGUUGCAGCAAAGGGUUGUAGGGGAGAUAGAGAGGAUGGAAGGGAGACCAGGGGUUUUGGUGUAUGAGUUUAGGAGUGUGAGAGAGGAAGUGGAGAGGAUUAGGGGAAUGGAAUGUGAUGAUGAGAUGUGGGAGAGAAUUGAAGGACUGAAAGGGUGGGUUGGGGUGUUGAGAACUGGGACAGAGAACAUUGUGGGGCAGUUGGAUGACUUCUUUGAUGAGAUUGUUGAAGGGAGGAAGAAGCUGUUGGAUUUGUGCAGCCAUAGAUGAGAAAGAGAAAGAGAAAGAGAAAGGGAAUUAGAAAGAGAGCUGCUGUAU